CAUGAUGUUAGCAACGUAUUAUCGCGGCGCAGUAGUUCAAUGUCGGUUAGCAGGGACGGUUGUUUACACGAUGGCGUCCGGCGGUGAGAACGGAACCGAAGAACGAACGGAAGCAUCGACGCCGGCUCAACCCAUCGCCAAUGCAGUGUCCGAGACGACUCAUAAAGUAAUAGGAAUGGAUAAAGAUGGCGAUAUGUCUGGCGUACCAGCAAAGAAAUCCCGCGUUGAAGUGCAAUCUCUUCCAACCAGACAGUAUUUGGACCAGACAGUAGUGCCCAUAUUGCUACAAGCGUUGUCCUGUUUAGCCAAAGAGAGACCUGCUGAUCCUAUAAGCUUCCUCGCUGGCUAUUUACUUAGAAACAAGAGUCAGUACGAUAGCGGCGGAUCGCCGCCGACUAGUCAGUGAAUGCUUCCCUGUUCAUGUGCGCAUUUCGUGGUAAUAUAUGAACUUUACUUCCUAAGAACCUCUUUUGAUACUUCAAGGAUAUAUUUAUAUUUGCGUUAUGCACAUAUUAUGUGCUUGCGAAUUUUUCAAACGAAAUGAAUUAAAUCUUUAUUGUAGAGAUAAUAGGGACUUUUCAGCAAGAUAAUAUUCUGUGAAAUGCAAAACAUACGUUUACUCAAUUUAUUUUAAAUAAAUAUUGUUUUUAUAUAAAAGUAAUAGCGAUGUCGGAAUUAAACCUAAUUGCAGUUAUAGAAUUUAUAUUAAAUUGUUAUGAACUCGUAAUAUGUAUUGACAAGAGUUGCCAACUUUUCUAUGCAAGCACAUAGAUAGAGCAAAAUUGAAAAAUACAAUGAUGUGGCUUUUAUGAAAGGAUAUCUUAAAAAUACAUUUAAAAAAAAAGCAUA